AAAAAAGAAGAAUGGAUAACCCCGGCAUUUUGGAUCUAAGCGGCGAGCAGUUUUUCGGAGGCGAGCGGCGGGAGGUUUCGACGGCGAGCUGCCGGCAGCUGCUGCUGGACACGGAUGCGUGUGGCACUGGUGGUGCCCCGUUUGCCGGAGGCAGCACCGAGGCGAGCGGCCGGUGCUGCAAGAGGCUUCACGGCGGGUGGCGGCCUCUUCGGCGGCGACAGUGUGGCGACCCGCCUCCAUCCCCCGCUCCCUUCCUUGCCCGUGGCGAUGGACGAGGACCAUGGCCCGACCUCCUUCUCCAUAACCCGCACCCGCGCUCCCCUAUUUUGGCCGCUGGACUCUCGUUGCCACGGCGGCGGCGGCCCCUGCCUCCACUCCACGCUCCUCUUCUCUUCAUCGCGCACGGCGGCAUAAGGAGGGGUUCUGAUGGGAGCAAGGCUUGCGACCCCUCCGUCACAACUGCUCCGGAGCCCGGACAAAGCCGAGGCCGUCUCUGUGAACUCUCCAGCGAGCUGACCAUUGCCCUCCUCCAUCUAAGAUGCAAGGUAGCAGCAGCAACACAGGUUCCAUGGCCUCUGUCGCAUAGCUGCCACCCAAGCCGUCCCCAGGGUGCGGUGGUGGUUGGCAUUCUGUUUGAUGCGGGCUGCAUCUACUCCCACGACAACGGUCAGCAACUAGGUGUUCACCAUCGGAGUUCUUCAGUAUCGUCCCCUCUCCGUCAUUAGCAAAAUUCAGGAUUGGCGAGCAGAUCUAUUAAUAGGAUACGAUGUUGCUUCCAACUCAUGGAUAUGAAUGUUCCAGUCGCCGGAGAGAUUGUUGGACAGAUGAAAUUGAUGAGAAAUCUUUGCCCCCCUGCAAAUUAAGCAGCUUGAAGACCAAGCUCAAACCUGUACGAUGGCAGUGAAGUUGCGCCUCCAAAUCUCUUUGCAUCUUGAUGUAAUUAGCCCAGUAGUAUUCAGUUCUGUAGUAAUGAUUUGUGAUUUUUCCUGCUGCUGGUUACCGAGUGCCAAGUGGCAUUUAGUUUCUCCAAAGGAAUUUCAUUUGUACUCGUAUGGAUGAUUUUUAUUACGUGAGAUAUUUUGUGGAAUCAUCAGUUUUUUUUCUACAUGAAAUAUAUUUAUUUGGCUUUGUUAUUCCUGGGCCAUGUCGUUGUUAUUCCAUGCAGUAUAUGAUUUAAAGGCCACCAGGUUAGUUCUUGUCUUGGCUCUCAAAUUCUGUACAUUAAUGCCUCUCACGGGCCUGAUUAUCACCUUUUAGAGAGGUUCCAAUAAUUUGUAUGUUGGCUACAGAUUUUUCUUACGUCAUGGUUGUCCAAAUGCCUCCUGUACAGAUUUUUCUCGCGCCAUGGACGUCCAAAUGCCUCAUGUAUGCUAUUUUAUACGGGUCAUAAAAUUACUUAAGAGAAAAUACAAUAUAGGAAUGCAGGCUUCUUAUCAUAUAAAGAAAA